AUGUCGCCUGCUGGCUCGCAGCCUGGUUCCGGUGAUGAUGCCGCUGGCGUUGCUCCGCUGCUGGUGCUGCUGGACGAUGCCGCGGGCCUGGCUACUGCAGAGACGCCGCUGAUGGACGGCGCUGGACUGUUUACUCUCAUCGACGACGUGCUCGCUGGUCUUGUUGUGCCGCACGCCGAGCGGGUCUUUGCUUGGCUGGAGGACGCGCUGCCGCAGGUCGGCCGCCUGUUGGACGGGCCGAAGGGCGAUCGGGCGGCAAAGUCGGCCGGCCUCGCUCUUCUUCGCGCCUGCAACGACAUGCUCCGCAGGCUUUCGCGGGCUCAGGACAACGCGUUCCGCGGACGCAUCCUCGUGUUCCUCGCCAUGGCCUUUCCGCUCUCGGAGCGCUCGGGCGUCAACCUCACUUCUCGGGUCAACGUCGACAACACCACCGCGCUCGAUGAAGCCCCGCCUGCCGACGACAAAGCCGCCGCUGCCUGGAAGGUCCAGAUCGAAGCUGGCGGCAAGCGCGGACCAAACGACCCGCCUGUCGACUUUGGCUUCUACCGCGCGUUUUGGUCGCUGCAGGAGGCGUUCAAGAACCCGGCGGCGGUGAUGGCCGGCGACGACGACGACGCCCCAUCCGCCUGGCCGACCUUCCUCGACACCGCCCGGCUCGUCCUCAAGGCCUUUGCCACUCAGCCUUUUCACGAGAGCGACGACGCCGUCUACCGCCGCGCAGCCGCAGACGCGCCGGUCGGCAUGGAGCUCGAGACCGAGGCCGGAAGCAACAACACCGAUAGCAUCUCGGCCCACUUUUGCAAGUUCCUCACUUCAUCGCGGCUCAUCACGCUCGAGCUCUCGGACCCGUUCUUCCGCCGGCACAUCCUGAUGCAGUACCUUAUCUUUAUCCAGAGCCUGCGCGUGGCUGCCACAAAGACGAAGCAGGUCGUGCUCUCGUCCGCACAGAACGCCGCCCUCGACGAGCUCCACGCCGAGGCCAUGGCCCAGAUCCGCGCCACUCCGCCCGACGGCAAGGUGUUUGCCGCCGUCGUCACCAAGCUCAUGGAGCGCGAGCUCGCCUGGCUGUCAUGGAAGUUCGACUCGUGUAAGCCGUACGAGCGCCCCGCAACCAGCGACGUCAAGCUCGCCGCCGUCCCGCUCUCGCGCAAGCGCAAGCUCGCCGAUGAGACGGCGGCGGCGGCCGCUGCUGCGCCGUCCAAGAAGCGCAAGCCGGUCUCGCGCUUUGCCCCGCCGCCGCCGGACCCCGUCGCCCAAGUCGCCGAUCUGCUCGAGGCUCAGGACAACUGGACGCCGCUGGAGGACGCCGAGCGCCCGCCGUCUAUGGAGGUCAUCAUGCGACCCAUUGUCGACGAUGCCGACCCGGAAAACGCCAUCGAAGACGAGUACAAGCGCAAGAAUGACCCCAAGUACAUGUGGAAGGCCCUGCGUGUUGCUUCGCAAGCCUCGUUUGAGGUCUACUCGGCCCUCGGCUCGGACGUCGACGAUGCCGCCGCUCGCUGGCAGAACCCGCACCUCUCCUUUGAUGAUGACGCUCCGCUCUGGCCUGGUGUCACCGAGACGGCCGAGGCCAAGCCAAAAGCAGCAGAGCAGAAGGCCGAGCAAAAGGCUGAAUCCGACCCCGAGGCCGAACCAGCAGACAUGGACGUGGCAGCCCCCGACGCCGACGUGGUCCCUGACGCUGACGCUGACGCUGAUGCCGACGCGGAUGCUGCGCUCGAGCCUAUGGACGAAAUCCCCGAGGGUCUGACCGAGGCCGACGCUGAGCUCGACGUCGAGCUGGAUGUCGAGCUCGACGCCGACGACAUGGCUGCUGCAGAAGCAGAGUUCCUGGCUGCCACCGAAGAGCUGGAGGAGGGUGAGGUUGUCAGCGACGACGACGACGACGAGUAA